UCGCUCGUUUCAAUUUGCAUGCGGUGUCACUAGUGUGUGUUUUUUUAGACUGGUACGAUUUCAUAGAGACGACAGUAAAUAAUACAAAAAAAAAAGAAAUAAGAACUAAUAUUUUUUAAAAGAGGCACAAGAACAACAACAAUAUAUCGAUAGAAUUUGAGAAAUCAAUUCAAAAUAUAAAAGAAAUCGAACGAAUUCUAAAAAAACGUAAUGAGAACAAAAAUAAACAAAAUCAGAAGAAUAAUAAACGAAGAACAAUUUAUAUUUUGACCGGAUCCAAUCAAACAAGAUAUCAAAGUGAGAAUUUUGAUUUAAAGUGUCAAUAAGCUAAUUGUUCGCAUAAACGUUUUCAUCGACGCCGCUGCCAACCACAAGUUAUACAAAUCCGAUUUGAAACGAAUCAAACGAAUUGUGCGAAAAAAUCCGUGACCAAAUUCAGCGAUAUCAAUUCAACAAUACAAAAUAACAUUGUGCAAAACAACCAUUGAAAAGACAUUGAUACGCAUUUUCAAAUGUUAAGCAAUGACCGAUUUUUUAAUUAAUCAAAACAAUUUCAUUUAAGGAGAACAUUUUUAUGAUUCUCAUGUGUUCAUUUUGAAUGUAAAUUCAGGUCCUGGCCAAAGUGAGCUAGGAUUUUGAAUUUGAAUGACGACCACAAUAACACAAUUGGUGUUGUUCUUUUCUGUUUUAUCACGAUGCAAAGUUUGGAAUUGUCAUGUCAGGAAUCAGAUUUUAAGUUAAACGAUGCACUUAACAAAAUAAAGGGACAUCAUACAGCCACUGUAACUGAAACGACGACGACAUUAACCACACGAUUACCAUCAAAUACACAACACCAAAAUCGUCAUCAGACGUCUAAUAGUAUUCAAAAUGUGCAAAAUGUACAAAAUUCUUCAUCAAACGAAUCGAAUUCAACGAUGACGACACAUUCUACAACAGCGGCUACAGUAACAUCGCACAGCCGAACCAAUAAUAAUAAUAACAAUAGUACGGAUCGACUGCCGACUUCAAACAAACAAUCAUCGCCAUCGACAGCAUCGUCUUCAACACAUGAUGGAGGAGGGAGCGGUAGUGAUGGUGCUGCAAAUGCAACAAUUACAUCAGAAAAACAGUCUCCGUCGAAUACAUCGAUGUCCGGAAGCACAUCGGAUGCAACAUUUUUUGAUAUACACGAAAAACUUAGGGAAUUGUAUGUAUAUUUAUAUCUAAAAGAUAUUCAGGAUACGCAGGUAGACAAUAGGAUAAAACUAAAAAGUCGAUCAUUCGUCUUGGAAACGUUGGUAGCGAGAGAAAAUCUAAACACUGUCAUUUUAAAUUUGUAUCCCGGUAACAAAGGAUAUUCAUUAGCAUUUCGGCAAGAAUAUCUGCCACAAAAUAAAAAGUACGAAGGACUACAUAAUAUAUACAAUCGAAAUAAGAGUCAAUUAUAUGGUGCUACCGAAUUGAAUAGUAUGAAUUGUGUUCGACAAGAAAAAGAAGAACAUUUAUUGGAAACGGUUCGUUGGCCAUACGAGAAUGGCGAUCUCUUGGAAUCGGUGAACAAUGAAGAAUUGCCAAUUCUGUAUAUGAAAUUAUUGCUAUCAUAUGCACCAAAUGCAUUCUAUUCCGGCUGUGUAAUUGUUGAAGUGCGUGAUUAUCGUCAAUCGUUUCCAAUAUCUUCAUGCUGUGAUAAUUAUUAUGUUCUAUUAAAACCCACCACACAAACGCUACUGGCUGAUGUCAAAGUGCUUUCAAAUGAAGAGGAUUUUACAUAUGAAGAUCGUGUUGCGUUGGAAAGUAAUAUGGUGCUUGCAACAGCCGCACCAUUAUGCUUAGAUCCAAGUCCAAAAGUUGCACGAAAAGCAUUUUAUAGUCAACACAAACGUCAAAUGUGGAACACAUUUGCGAUACGACGUCAAAUGCGUAAAUUCACUCAGGUGGCCAUCAAUCGCAAACGAAAAACGGAUCAAUUUACACAUACACACGGUUUGGAUUUAAGUGAUUAUUUAUUCCGGACACGUCAACGACCACCACGGCAUCUCUUAUCAAAUUCAAUGCUUGACAAUUCAAUUGGUUACAAUAAAAUACCACGAAAAGCUUCAGAUGUUAUGAAACCAAUACGCACACCAAGUCUCGAUUUACCGCUCACACUUAAACCACCAUCGACGGUGAAUGUCGAAGAAAUGGCAAGAAUCUAUCCAAGACCCGUAGAUAAUAUGAAAGACAAAGAGUGUACGCCUCAACUUAAGGAGGAAUAUAUUUUGGAAACGGACCGUGGCAAUGGCCGAACCUAUCAUAUUAAAUUAACGGUUUAUCAACGACCAACCAAUUCGGAAUAUUUGGGCGAAUUGUAUGUGGAUCGUGAUUAUCAGGUGAACACACGAAAUGGCGAAGCGUGCCAUUUUCCAUUGGGCACACUUGCACAUGCAAAACGAUACAUCCAACAAUUCAUUGAAAUUUUCACGGAAGAAGGACGCAAAUCAGUCAAAAUUACUCACAUUGUUCCUGGACAAAAACCAAAGGUUUCGUACACAUCAGGAAUGACUGAGAGUCUACCUCCAACAUACAUCCACCAACAAUCACAGCAACAACAGCAACAGCAACAGCAACAACAGCAACAACAACAACAGCAAAGUGGAACGAGCACCACACAAAAUCAACCACAGAUCCAGGCAUCACAAAUUAAUAACCAACAAAAGGUGGCUAUCACACUCAAAUCACCAUCAUCGACACAUGGUUUUCCCAUUGCCGAUGUACCAUCAUUGCCAGGAUCAUCGCAAACACAGCCAACACAUUUGAAAAUUGCAAAUGGCUCCGUUGUUGUGGUGCAAGAACAAUCCAGCGGAAAUAUUUCUCUAGGUGUUGCAACAAUUACAUCACAACAGGCGCAAAAUCAAACCAGCUCCACUUCACAGCAAGGCAUUGUAACAAAUAGUUUACCACUGUUGGCACAGAUAUCAAAUAAAACGGUUCCACAAACUACCGUUUCUGCUGGUUCAAAUGAAAUAAACACAUUGAUGACUGGUAUAAUUCAAUCACCGACACAUUCAUUACAAAAUCAAGCAGGAACAACACAAACUCACAAAUCAAAUAAUGCAGCUAUAAUAAGUCUAUUAAAUAGUGCACCGGCUGCGAUGACAAGUUCGGCCGUUGUAAAUAGUUUGAAUACACCAUCGAAUUCACCGGUAACCAUUCCAAUUCAGCGGUUGAUCGCCACACACCCAGCAAAUAAUACGGAUAAUUUACAACAAUCGCCGCAGGCGCAAACACAAACAGUACUAUUGAAUCAACAGGAUCAACAGCAACCACAGCCGAAUGUUCGUGUAACAAUGUCAGCACUAGCUAGUCAAUUGGCUUCGCCUCCAGCUCUAAUGUCCAGUUCGCCCAUAAAUCCAUCGAAUUUUAAUUUUGCUCAAAUAAAAUCGCAACAAGUCACCACACAGUCGCCGCAACAACAACAGCAGCAACAACAAAUUCUGAUGAACAACAAUAAUAAAAUUCGUCGUGAUUCGUUGGCAGCACCAUCACCGGGUAGUGAUUCGAAUGCAUCGAGUGCGUCAUCAUCCAAUUUAGGUAAUUUUUCAAUAACACCCGGUUUUCCAUUCAUCGGUUCGGCAUCGCCAACGACAUCAAUCAUCAGCAAUGAAUGCAGUUCCGGAUCGAUCGAACGUGUUUCAAGCGCUGAUAAAACUUUCCUUGAAGUCUCAAUGUGCGGCCCAUCUCCAAUCUCAUCUGGAUCAUCGUUUAUGACACCAUCACCAAAAAAUAACGCCAAUGUAACCGCGUCACCAUUAUCAAGUCCUACACAUCAACAACAACAGGCCGAAUCAUCAUCGACUGCUAAUUCAACGUCCGCAUUUCAAAUACGAAAACAAAGCAUCGUUAAUGCCACUUCCAAUGACGCAACAAACCAAAAUCAAAGCAAUCAACCGCAAGUCGCUCAAACCACUACACUCAAUCUACAUGGUAUCAAUUUUAGCAGUCUUCAAGGUGCUAUGGCCACAUUUCCCGGUCUACAAAACGUACAGGUUCAAAUUCCUGGACUUGCUCAACCGAUUUCAUUGUCAUUAACUGGAGCAACGGCCAAUACCGUAGCUACGGCUAGUCCACACCAAACAGGCCUGCAGCUUGAAUCAAUGCCAGUAUCAUUGGGACAAACCACACAAACUGUAGUCUUGACAACGGCGAGUCAACAAGGUCAAGGAUCCGUACUAUCACUGCCAAUAGCCCAACUUGUUGCUGCGUCCAAUGUUAAAAAUUUAAGUCCGCAACAAUUGCGUAACGUGAAUGUAAAUCAACAACAACAGCCGCAACAACAAACCCAUGCCCAUCUCCAACAACAAAGACCAAGAAGUGUUCCAACGAUAGCAACGUCAACGAUAAAUGCGAAGCAAUUAGCAGCCCGUGGUUUGAUAACAUCACAACGAAAUAUAGCGGUCGCACCAAAUACAGCUGCCCAAAUGAAAAUUACCACCCCAAUCACAAUGGCCUCUGUACCGCAUGCAACGGCAUCAACAAUGGGUGCUGUUAAUAACAAUCCAAUGCUGGUGCAACUGCAACUACAGAAACAUCAUCAAGCACAGCAAUUUCAUCAUCAGAAUCAGCAUAAGUAGCGGAAUCCAAGUGGAAGCUUGCAUGCCAGGUUCCACUGUCUGUCCGUGUCGCUAACACGUCUUCGUCUCUCGAUCAACAUUCUGGAUUUUGGGCGCGCAUCGUUGCAAUGGCUACACCAAAAAGAGAGAAAAAAAAUUGAAUGUUUAUUUCUGUGACUUAUAUAUACUAAGGAACUUCGAUGCAAUGUAAUAACGCUCGAAUUCCCAUUUAUCGACAGACUGAUUACCUGACUGCACACAAACACAAAAAACUAGAACACAUACACACAAAACAUGCAUACAUAUUUUCCAAAUACACACCACUUGUUAGCCACGAUUCUCCUAUACUCAAACAGUAGUGCAAUGAUACAAGUACUCAUUUCGGUGAUAAAAGAAAAAAGGAUCACAACCAACGGAGCAGCAACAUGAACAAAAACUGUAAGCCUACUAUGAGUCUAUGACUGAAUAAUGACGCAAUAUGGAGGAUAUAUGUUUCAAUCCAUUUAUUAAUUUGGAUCAAACCAAGAUGCGCUCAUUUUAUUUUCAAAAAGUAUGCAUGAAAAAAUAAAACCAAAAAAAAACAACCGAAACAAAUAUUGAAAAAGAAACAAAAAAAAACAAUUGGAAGCGUACCAUUUACUCACCUUGUGAUUAUAUUUUCCGCGUUCUCUGAUUUCGAAACUAAAACUAACGCACCCAAGGAACGGCGAGCAUCCAAAAGAAAUCUAAAUUUGAUGAAGUGAUAAUAUCACAAUAGUGUAAAUAACAGAUUAAAAAAAAUGAAAUGAAUUAGAAUAAUAAAUUUGUUACGAUUCGAAUUGAAUUUGA